CACGCGAUACGACGCACGUGCGGCAUUUUUGCCGGCAAAACAUACAGUUGCUUGAUUAACUCGCACUGCAUACUUUCUCUCCCCAUCCCAUUCUCGCCAACUCGGAAUUACCCGUACAAUGGAGGACUGGGGCCGGCUGAUGCUGGUGUUCGACACCAACGCCAUCAUCCGACCGGACGGGCUCCAGCUCUUCCAGGAAUUGGCGCGCGGCGACCGCGGCACCCUCCCGGCCUCGCUCGCCCUCGUCGUCCCGCACAUCGUCCUCAUGGAGUUGCGCCACCACAACGCCACCCCCGCCACCCAACACACCGCCCGCGCAGCCUACAACUACCUCCUCCAGCAACUUCCGGUGCUCUCAGCGGUGCGCCACCAAGGCCAGACGGCCUCCGACGAACUGGAAGCCACGUUCUACCCGCGCGAACACGGGCCCUACGGCUCCAAGAACGACGGCCUGGUGCUGCUCUACUGCCUGCAACUGCACUACCGCAGCGCCGCCAACAUCUGGCUGGUCACCGAGGACCUGCAAUUAACCGCCCGCGCGGUUCGGAGCCGCGUGGCGUGUCUUCCGCUCAACGCGCUGCGCCACGCGCGGGACCUGCUGCGCUACAGUGUGUUGCGCCCGAAAGGGGACGACUUCCACCAGUGGCACCGCGUCCCGCCGCACCAGCCGAUGACCGCCACCAUCCGCGUCGGAAGGGCGGUGGCCGCCGGGGAGAUCCGCUUCGUGGCGUCGGAUGAGGUCCAGCGGAUUGCUGCGUACCGGCGGAUUGUCCAGCAGCGGGAGGAAAAUCGGGGCGGGGCGUGGGAGGUGCCGGAAACUGACACCGGGGAGCCGGCGCCGGUGUGUGAGCAGUGCGGGUGCGGGGUGCGCGGCUGGCAUGUGACGCAACGCGACAGCGAUUUGAAAAUCUUGGCGGUGGCGGUGUUUGUUAUCGGGUUCGUUAUCGGACUGCUGUGCAGGAUCGAUAAGGAGGUCUUCCGCUUAUUCACUGUCGAUUCUUACUGACCAGUUAGUUGCAACAACGAUAUUAAUGGUUCAUUAUUUUCUCCACGAUACCGAAAUUCGUGCAAGGUGUUUUACGAGUUAAGCCGCCGCCGAUUAAAAAUUACAACGGCUACAUUAAUUACUGUGUACUUCCGGUAUAUCCGGUACUUCCGGGUGCCUACAGCGCUUAUGUUGGCUACGGCACGUGAAUAGAAUCGUGACAUGUAUGAAUAACUGUCUGUACAUGAAUAACUGUCUGUUCAAAUGCUCAUGCCGCUAGCAAUACAGGCAUCAUUCUUUU